GCAAGUUAAAGUUUCACUUCAUCAGGUGGAGAAGGCGCGACGCUGGGGGAACCAGACAACUGCGACCCGAGCGAGCUUAAUAUAUGUGUAGAGAAGAUCCCGAAGACCCCCGUUGGCUUGCCGAAGACGAAAGAGGAACUAGACACGCAUUGCCGGGUGUUCAACAUUGGGAUGAGCUGCAUGGACGCUUGGAUCCGCCGCUGCCUGCCGACGGACGGACAGAAGCUUGUGCACCAGCAGAUAGGCGGCGCACGCGCCAUUAUGCGCUUUCUUUGCGCGAAUGAGACCACAGCGCUGCGACGGGAAUUUCUGAAGGAGCAGAGCUGCUGGGCCCGUGUGUCUCCGGAAUGGUCCGGCUGUGUGAACGAGCUACAGAGCGCCGUGCGGGACAUCAGCGACCGCGCACAACUGUUCACGUAUUUCAACAGGAAUGGAGAACUUUGCUGCGCGCGAGAUGACUUCAUGUCCUGCGUGACGCAAGUGGGCCGCCUAUGCUCCGCCAACGCCGGCAAUCUGCUCAAGCGCCUUGCCUGGGUGCUUGCGCAAGAUGUGGCCGCCUGCAGUCAACCGCACGCCUACUGUAUGGCCCCGCCUACUGCUGUCACCACACCUUUGCUGACCGCACUGUCAACGAUUUUACUAUAUCCACCGAGGCUCUAAGUUCAUUUUAAGCUAGAAAUAA